UAUUUUUUUGAUCGAUUGCGUUGCCGUGCCGUUUGUCCCUCGCGGGCUUCCGUAGCUUCGCCUUGGAGCCGCUAGUGCUGCCGCCCGGCUCGUCUGCACCGGGACAGGACCGAGAGAGGCGAUGGCAGGCGUUCAUCCUCAGGACGACCUGCUGAAGAUGAGCCACAGGGAGAACUGGAGGGUGCAGCAUGAGCGGCUGCACGUCAAGCACCGGGGCCAUGAGGCCAUGCAUGCAGAGAUGGUGCUGAUCCUGGUGGCCACGCUGGUGGUGGCCCAGAUCGUGUUGGUCCAGUGGAAGCAGAGGCACCACCGCUCCUACAACCUGGUGACGCUGGUCCAGAUGUGGGUGGUCCCGCUUUACUUCACCAUCAAGCUCUACUGGUGGAGGUUCCUGUCCAUGUGGGGGGUGUUCUCCGUCAUCACCAGCUACGUCAUCUUCAGAGCCACCCGCAAGCCGCUGUCCUGCAGGACGCCCAGGAUGGUCUACAAGUGGUUCCUGCUGAUCUACAAGCUGAGCUACGCUGUGGGAGUCCUGGGCUACCUGGCCAUCAUGUUCACCAUGUUCGGCUUCAACGUCUUCUUCAGGAUCAAGGCGGAGGACUCCAUGGACGUGGGCGUCAUCAUGCUGUUUUACGGUCUUUACUACGGCGUCAUGGGACGAGAUUUUGCAGAAAUCUGCUCCGACUACAUGGCCUCAACGAUCGGGUACUACAACAGGGGGGGCAUGCCCAGCAGGAGCCUGAGCGGGGACAUCUGCGCCGUGUGCGGUCAGAGGAUCCUGGUGGAGGUGGAGGAAGAGGGAUUUAUAGAGGACACCUUCCAGCUUUCCUGUGGCCACAUAUUCCACGAGUUCUGCAUCCGGGGCUGGUGCAUUGUGGGUAAGAAGCAGACGUGCCCCUACUGCAACGAGAAGGUGGACCUGAAGAGGAUGAUGAACAACCCCUGGGAGAAAACUCACGUCUUGUACGGCCAGCUGCUGGACUGGCUGCGGUACUUAGUGGCUUGGCAGCCCAUCAUCAUCGGCAUCGUCCAUGGAAUAAACUUCUCGCUGGGCCUGGAGUAGAGCCCUGAGGAAGGCCGCUCCAGGACCUGGAGUCAGCCGCUAAAGGAGCGCUGCAGGCCGCUGCUUUGAAGUCUUGCUGAACUUCCUGCAUCUUCACAGGACGCCGCCAGCAUAAUGGCCACUUCAGGCACAUAUCCAGUGUUUUAAGCUCUUUCUUGCAUUUAGUUUAAUGUUGAAGGAAACGUUAAUUCACCUUCUGUUGUUUCAUCCGCGCUCCUUCCUGCUGGAUUGUUUCACUCCAGGAAUAAGUUUCUGCUUUAUUUAUCUAAAGCUCUUUGCUCAGUGUUUACAUGAGGACAGCUCACUGCUGUUGGCUCCUAAAAGCUGGUAAUAUUUUCAGGUAUGCUUGUUCUAACGUUUCCCUUUGGAACCCACGUUUUUAUUUAAACAUCGUUUAAGAGGUAAUUUAUUGUUGGUUUGUUUCUUCACCAUCAACUCUGAGAACCAGUAUUUCUGUGGAAAAUGCAGCGGUUUGAUUUUUAAGGUGCCGACGAGUCGUAUGGAAAAUGUUUAAUUGCCAAGACUUCUGCUAAAUCUGACUUUGUAUUAAAUAAAUAAUUUUGAAACAUUUUAAAA